UCCAACGACUCGGUUGUACCCGUAAAACACGCUCCUAACGCCAUGAUUGACGAGCUUAAAUCCUCUCUCCUGCUUUUUCCUUCGCAUCAACGUCUUUGCACGUUUCUGUUGGCCUGGUUUCGGGCGUUGCGCUCAUAUUGGCGACGACUGGCCCGCGGAGCAGGGACUGGAGACAAGCGUCGGGCAUUCCCUCAUCAGCUUAUUCCUCUGUCCCCCAGUAGCCUGCGUAACCUCCUCGUCGUGUCGGGAUUCAAAGAGGUCGCUUCACAUCGCAUCCUGGCCGUCGAUCCACGUUAGUCAAUGCCGAAACAGAUCCAUCACCCCCCUAUCCUCCAGCCAGCCAGUGAACGAUCCCUUUAGAGCGUCCUCUCUCGACUUGCUUGCCUGUGCCCCAUUCACCCCAUACACACAUGGCUACCACUUACUCACGCAUACUAUCUUUAUCCAUCACAUCGCAUUGAGUCGCAUCCAUCGCGCGGUCGCGUUUCAUUCGGCCUUCUUUCUUUCUUUCUUUUCUCUACUUUCCCUUGUCUUCCCACCCACCCUUCAUCCCGCCAUUCCCUUGUAUACACACAUACACGUACAUAUACACAAACUUACACAAGCCUGGCAUGGCUCACUGAAUGAGUGCGACACGUACUUAAUAACAAGCCUGCCGCUGCAUCUCCAGAGCCAUUGCCUGCCGAUCUCUCUUCCAUCUCCAUUCAUCCACCAGCCGACCUCAUUUGCGCCGCUCCUUGAUCCCCGAUUCCCGUCGUUUCGGCACCCUUGUGCUUAUUCACUGCAACCUGCUCUGACUGCCAUUGUCAUUGUCACCGUCACCAGCCAGACAGGCACCCUUCUCCACACAUCACUCUCCCUACCCACCCAUCCAAAUCAUUGUCGCAUAGCAUUUGCUGCGUCCAUGUACAUGACCCGGCCGGCACAACUUUAAUCCCAAAACGCCUACUUCCUUCUGCAUACAUAGGCUCGUUCUCCGAAAAGUCCCCGCGCGUCCCGCCGGUUCGCAGCAAUAGAUUGCGCCGUCGCGUAGCACGAUCUCCAUUAACUCGACAUUAACCCGACCUCCCUGAGCCGGCUAUCUUCGCCAUGGUGCACCACCGUGCCCGCAGCGAUGCUGGUGAGCUGAGCAGUCCUCGCUCCAGCAGAGCUCCCAGCUUCAGCAGCGACCGUCCCUCCCUUGCUGGCUCCGCUGCCACGUUCCAGAUGCCUACCACCAUACGUCCUGCACCUGCAUACAUCGCCGCUUCGGUCGCGUCGCAAAUUGUCACCCACGACCAGAAUGCCCAGUUUCGCGAUGCCGCUGGCGACCCCGGCUCCGACGAGGACGACGACGAUUCCGCCGUCAAUGCUCUCUUCACUGAGCAGGCCCUUUCUUUGUUAAACGGCUUUCUCGACCACCUCCUGUUCGCCAUCCUGUCCACUGCGCGCUCUCCCUCCCUCACGCAAAUUCGCCCAGCCGUCACCGAUGUGCUCAAGCCGCGCCUGGCUCGCGACGCCAUGGCCACCGCUGACGAAGAGCUCGAGGGCUUGUUGGCUGGUGAAGACGAGGAUGAAUUCCCUGCUCAAACCCAGCUUGAAGGUCCCAAGUGGGAUAUCGAGAAGGUAUGGAAGAGGACUCGGUUACGCAUAAUGGUAUAUACACGGUUGGGCGAGCUCGAGGACGAGGAUGAAGAGCGAUACGUUCAGCAAGAGCGUGGCCUCAGCAUGGACGAAAGCGAAGACGACGAGGCUGGACUUGUGUCGUGGGCUUCAGCCAUUUUCCUGACUUCUAUCAUUGAGCACAUUGCCGAGCAGACAUUGCUCAUCUCGGGUCAGGCAGCCUAUACUCGUGUGUCUAUGAAAAUCAAGAAACAGGCCCGCCAAUCUUUGGACGGGGAAGAACCAGUCGUUGAGCGAGUGGUCGUCGAGGACCAUGAUGUGGAGAAGCUUGCCGUCAACUCGGCGCUCGGUAGACUUUGGAGAACGUGGAGAAAGCGCGUGCGAACCCCCGCUGGCGCUUUCCACUCUCGUGGCGUGCGAUCCAUGUCAAGCUUCACGAGUCUUCACCGCCGCAAAGCAAGUCUCGAGAGCGCUCUCGACGAGAACGUCCCCGAGGUGUCAGAGCAUGAGCCGACAGAAACAGAAAUCGCCGCCAAUAUCCCUCUGCCCUUGGGCACCAACGACGUCAACGAGAUCGAAGUCCCUGGCCUUGCACGCACUUUCGAGGAAGAGGACGAUGAGACACAAGAGGCAGACACACCGGUUGCAAACACACGCAGGCCAAGCAGUGUUAUUAUGCUCUCUUCCGUUGAUAGCUCUAGAAAACGACUGGCCACAGGACGCCCCAUUUCAAUGCCUCCACCACCAGCUUCUGCUUUCGUUAUGCCUGCCGAGCUCGCGGCGCCUGAGAAAACUGGGGAGAUAUCAGCAGACGACGAGGAAGAGAUACAUGAAACUGAAGGCACCACUCCUUUCGAAACUCCCAUGGAACGAUUUCACUCUGAUGACGACUCAUACAUUCACGAUGAACAGCAAGAGCAUGAUAUCGAUGGAGAGCCGGAUGCAGAUGCAGACAUGGUGGCAUUUGCGGCCUCAACCGGGAUGGGAUUCGGGAUGGGUCCCAGCAUGAGUUCAGCGCGCCCCGUGAAACCCAGUAAUUUAGAUAGGAAUGGCGAGUCAGACGAGACUUCAGCACUGGAUGCUUACGAUGGGCGUCCUCAGGUGCUGCAGUCGAAGCGCAUGUCCAUUGAGAAACCCGGUGCAACCCCUCUGGCUACACCAAAGCUCGAGCCAAAGUCAUUCCUCGACGAUCCUAACGAUAAUGACGAUAUGAGUGGUCCUGAUGCCAUUGGGGUUGCCCACACGUCUAAUAUGCCCAUUGCUACGCCGUCUCCCCCCGUUGAUCAUGGCUCUACCGAUCGAGCACAUUACGGACACUCAAAGCAUCCAUCCCACGGAGGAUAUGUCGAGGUGCUUCCACGACAGACUGCCAAUACUUCGAUUCAAGUCCGCAACACUCCUACCCCUGAGGCGGUGCCUUCGCCAGUGGAGGCUAUUGCAUCCCGCAAAGAAGUGCAGCGUAAAGAAAUACCGCGCGUAGAUGCACCGACCAGCCAGCCCCGAUCUCGGGAUAUCACUCCUCCACCUCGAGUCCAAAGAUCGCCACUGCCCUCAGUUCAAGAGUCUCCUGUUGUUCCCGACACAUCAACACCACAGUCCUCACGUAACGGUUCCAGGCAGGUUUCCUCGCUCCGCUCGCGGGAUUCUCCUGUUCCUGUCGCUGUUGCUGAGCGUUCGUCGAGGCCUCAAGCUCUUGACACUACAGUUCGUUCCCGUUCUGGCACAGGCGACAACACACCUAUAGAUAGGUCUCCUCUACAGCGUGUCUCCUCGGCUUCAUCGUCCACCAAUAGAUCGGUCGGAACCUCGAUUUUGCAGACCGGGCGUAACUCUACGACUAGUUUGGACGGCCGCCCAAGAGGCUUAAGUACCCGCAUGUCAGAGGAAGAUCGACAGCGCGAAUUUGAUUCUCUGGUUAAAGGAGAUGAAACCGUGAAGUUUACACUUACGCCCCAAAAUGUACGGGACGUUGCUGAAUCAUCACCUGUAUCCACCAAGCGGUUCGACUCGAACAAGGCCAGCUCUUCGCCCAAAACGCACAAAUCAUCCUCUUCCGUCACCAUCUACCCUCGUGUUACUGCUGACAAAGAAAACGAAUUUGGAUCUCAACAUUUACCCACCAGGUCCACUUCCAGAAGCAAAGGUCCCAUUCCUUCUUCGGGGCAGUCCGGCAAGAGGGGUCCUGUGCCGAAGGGCUUGGCUAGAGAGCCGAGAAUAAGAGAUGAGUCGAUGCAAGAUUUUGCAGACUUCAUUCGAUCUACCGGCCCAUCUCCCGGACAAGAACGACCAGUAAAGCCUUUUGUGCCUCUCAUUGGAUCUGAGCAGAAGCAGCCGAGCAAUACCUCAAGCUCGUCCUUGGGGGGGCUAGGACGUAAAAUGUCGACAAGAAAAGGCUCUUCGCACUCGAACAGCAACUCGAUUGCUCACGAUGGCCCGUCUGCAAAACCGCGCGUGCACAUGGAGCCUCGCAGCCCCGCUGGACAGCGUAGCGGCAACGAUGAUCUGAUCGAUUUCAUCAGGCAAGGCCCACCCGGUCCGAACAAUGGACAGCCGCGAAUCCCUCGUUCAGUGGCUCCUUUCCGGACCACUGUCGAUUCAGAUCAAUUCGACACAAUGCUCAACGACAAUGGAACUGUCGAGUCCGCCUUUGGCUCACAAGUCUCGUCUACUUCGAAGCAGUCAUUCCACACAUCCAACUCGAGAACCGAUCUACUUCCUAAGCAAAAAGUCGUUCAACCCGCCUACUCAAAUACACCGCAGAACCUCUCGGGCAACUUCUCAGGCCCAGCAGAGCCCGUCGUCACAAAAACACGCCGACGCAUCAAGGACCCUUACGCCAUCGAUCUCUCCGACGAAGACGAAGAAGACGACGAGGACGACGAUCUUCUCACCGCGUUGCCAAAGAACACCCAACCGGCUCCGAAACCCCACCGCGACGAAAGUAUGAUGGACUUCCUCAACAGCAUGGAACCGCCAUCCAACAGCCAACCCCAAGCCUUCAUGCUCAGCCCCGAAACCAUCGCAGCCGCAAAAGCCCGCGCAGCCAAAGGCAACGCCAAUCCUUCCCCCGCCCACUUCAGCUCCGGCGCCGCCGCCGCAGGCAACCCCUCCCCAUCCACCACCUCUUCAUCAUCCACGCGUAACCGUCUCGCGAAAUUCACUUCCCCCCCUUCUUCUUCCUCCGCCCAACCCGCCGUCUCCUCAUCCGUUCUCUCCAACGCGCCCCGCGCGCACAAACCCCGCCUCCAGGCCCGUGAUCCCACGGCUGACUCAAGAGGCGGUGCUGGACGCUCCGCCACGAAUGAUCUUGCCGACUUUCUGAGAAACAGUGGACCGCCACCUGAUAUGAUGGCCAAUAAACCUACGCCACUGGUGCUUCCGCAGAAGAAGGAGGAAGGAAAGAGGAGUGCGGCGAGGUUCUGGAGGAAGAACAAGACGUAUGGGGAUAUGCCUUGA